AUGGAGGAAAUUGAUCUGCGAGCUCAGGCGGCUGCUGAAGUAUACAGUGAGUGGUUGGGUUACCGGUGCAACAAAUUCUUCAAGCAUAUGCUACCGGGCCUAACCGAUGGACAAAGUUUCAGAAGGCUGAAGGAGAUAAAAGAAGACGUCAUCAGCCUGACAAACGCCGAGAAUCUUAACGAAGCCAUGGACCGACAGGCAUUAGUAGUACCGCAUGCUCGGCUACAAAAGCUAACCGUACAUAUACGAAAGCUUUCAGAAAGGUGUGUUGCGGGAACACCGAAGGCUAAAUUACAACUCUUGGUGUUGGAUAAGCUUGAGAUAAAGAAAGGAGAAUUCGCUGAAGAGAUAGGGCGGCUUGAAGCGGUGCACAGACAGCAAGAUACAACGCACUCUCCGCGUCCUGAGACUGAUGACGGUCAGAAUCCAGGAAAUACAUCUCAUCUGGCGGAUCCGGUCAUCAACGAAACCGACGAAGGGACAAAGACUCCUUUCACCGGGCCACUUGAAACCGAUCAACCUGAGGACUCAGAACCGCCCGUCACAGAAGAGAAAGUCAAGACUCUUAUUAAAGAAUUGGUCAAAGACGCGGUUAAAUCCUGGAAGAAGAAAGCUAAGGGGGUCGCGGUUCAGGCAUUCCAAAUGGACGAAACAACGAGGGAUAAUCUUGUGAAGGCAGAUGCCCAGAUCACGGAGAUCGAAGUUAACUACCGUGACGACACGGUUCUGCACAACGAUCAUCUUAAGCGAACCGAGGACUUGGAAGCUACAACCUCGAAGAUGGUGGAUGACUUGAAACGGUUUCAAGGGGAAACCGAGCAACGGCUUACAAAGGUCGGUGAAGAUAUGGGGCAGUCAAGCACCGAAGCCGUUUCAACACUCAACAGAGUCAUAAGCCUCGAGGAAAAGAAUGCAAGUCUUGAGGACCGAAAUACCAAGCUUGAAGCCGACCUUAGGGCGGUCACCGAACAGGUGACUGAGUUGAUAAAUGCCAAGCUUAAUGCCGAUACAUCGGUUGAGAAAGCAAACGCUCGAGCGGCUAAGGACAUUCAGGAUGCGCUGGACGAAGAAACGCGGAAAAAAAAGGAAGCACCGCGAUUGACUGAAGAGGAAUUAACUGUACGCACACAAAAACUAGCGGCCAGAAAUCCGGCACUUGCAAAGUCCAUAGCAGCUCAAGUGGCCGAGGAUGCAGAACGGUUAAAUACAGAAAAACAAAGGCUCGCCGAUUACGCAAAGGCUCACAAGAAGACCAAGGCGGCUUCCUCCUCUUCGGUUCCGGCAAAACGAAAAAGGAAAAUACCAUCACGGAAGGUUCAAGUAGCCGGGAUGCUGGAAAGGAUUACCGAGACGAUUAUUGAAACUCAACCGAACCCAGCUAUGCACACCGAGGAUGAAAUCGAAGAAAAUCUCGAGCCGCGAACUACAAGACAGCGAGUUCUCAAUGCGGUUCCAAUCAGCACGGUCGGUCAACCGCAAACUGGAGGAUCAUCUUCAAGAACGGCUCAACCGGAUGAGGAACAACCGACCGAUGACAUGAUGAAAGACUUCAUGCCAUCCGAAUUAGAAUAG